AUGCCUGCCCUCACCCAAGACCAAUCCCUCGAUGUGAUCAUCGUCGGAGCCGGCAUCGCAGGACUAGCUGCCGGCAUCUCGCUUCGCCGUGCGGGCCACAGCGUCCGCAUCUUUGAGCGGUCAGAGCUCAACAACGAGGUUGGAGCCGCUAUCCAUGUGCCUCCAAACGCCAACCGCUCCCUCGUGGCGUGGGGCCUGGAUCCUGUGGAGAACAGGUUCGUUCCGUCUAAGGGCAUCGCCAUUGGAUCAGGAGCCACUCUUCAGCAGUUCGACUUCACUCCAUUCGGUGACUUUGUUCCGAAGGUGUUUGGCGGUCCUCUGUACUUUGCCCACCGAGUCGACCUGCAUGAGUCCUUGAAGAAGCUGGCGAUGGGCCCUGAGGGUCCGGGGAAGCCUGUCGAGUUGAACUUGGGCGUGCAGGUGGUCGCUUAUAACCCAGAGGAGCCAUCCAUCACGCUUAGCUCUGGCAUUGUGAAGAAGGCGGACCUUGUCAUUGCCGCAGAUGGUGUCCACUCCAUUGCUGUUGAGGCUAUCCUUGGAUAUGCCCACAAGCCGGAGCCUCAAGCGCUCUACAAUGGUUGCUACCGUUUCCUGAUCCCGGCUGCUGACCUUGAUGCCGAUGAGGAGACGGCAUGGUGGAACAAGAAUGGCGAGAAAGAAGGUCUUAUGAGGAUCUUUACGGCCAGCAAGUUUGGCAACCGCUUCAUCUCGUAUCCAUGCCGUGGUGGUGAAGUUUGGAACUGUGUUGGCAUGUUCCACGAUGAAGAGUUGAUUGGUGCCACCAAGGAAGAUUGGCAGACACCGGUCGACAAGUCCCACGUGCUCAAGACAUUUGCCGAUUUCCAUCCUUCUCUCCAGGCCGUACUGAACAAAGCAAGCGAUGUGAAGCGCUGGCCUCUCCUCUACCGCGGUCCCAUCCCCACCUGGACCAAAGGGAAGAUGAUCAUUAUCGGAGACGCAGCCCAUCCCAUGCUGCCGCACCAAGGUCAAGGUGGCGCACAGGGUAUCGAAGAUGGCAUUGCUCUUGGUAUCUCGCUAAGUGGUGCUAAAGCUGAGGAUAUCAAGGAAAGAUUGGCCCUUUUUGAGAAGGGCAGGAGGCACAGGGCCAGCGCUAUCCAGGUGAUGAGCAAUGCCGGGCCGGAUCAAGCUGAGAGAGUUACUAGAGAGGUGGCCGAAUACGUUAGCGUUCCUCUUGACUCACAGGCCAAGUUUGCCGAGUACAACUGGGGCCACGACAUUGUCGACACGAUGAUCCAACUGCUCCGGGGGUCUGUCGAUGCCAAGUUCGAACUUCCGGAAGGAUUCUUCAAGGGCAACCCCUUCUCGCCGCAAAAUGCGCCCAAAAUUCGAUUGGUUUUGUACAAAGUCGGAAUUAUUUUCGAUUACAUCAACACGUCACCACAACCACCCUUAAUGCGCCCCGCAUUGCGUCAUUUUCAGCAAUACAUUUAUAAAUCAACAGAGGGAUUCUCACUGCGACUGUCACCGUCACCAGCAGCUCCAUCGACCUGCAAAUCGACAGCUUCAUUGAAGCCCAUUUUCAGAGUCAAUCACCAAGCCAGAAGAAUCCUCACAACAACCAUCAUCAUGUCGUCCGCUCAAACCCCCCUCAAAAUCGGCUUCGUGCCCGAGCACUUCUCCACCCCCCUCCACUUCGCCCAAAAGCACUACGGCCUCUCCGCCGAACUGGUCCCCUUCCCCUCCGGCACGGGACACAUGAUCACCUCUCUGCGCUCCGGCGAGAUCGACGUAGCCGUCGGCUUGACCGAAGGCUGGGUGGCCGGUCUGGGCAAGGACGCCUCCAUCGACCCCAGCUUCGGCACCGACGGCGGCUACCGGCUCGUAGGCACCUACGUCGAAACGCCCCUGUGCUGGGCCAUCUCGACGGGCGCCAACCGGCCAGAGAUCCAGAGUGUCGACUCGCUCAAGGGCGGCAAGAUCGGUGUUUCCAGAAUCGGUUCCGGUUCCUACGUGAUGGGUUACGUGCUGGCUGACCAGCGCGACUGGCUUAUUCCGACGACGGCGGUAGGCAUGGGUAUCGAGACUGCCUCGCCCUUUUCGGACUUUGUGGUGCUGAACACGUUCAAGAACUUGCGGGAUGCGGUGAACGAUGGAAGGGCGGAUUUCUUCAUGUGGGAGCAUUUCACGAGUAAGAAGUACUAUGAUAGCGGGGAGAUCAGGCGCGUGGGGGAGAUUUACACACCCUGGAGUAGCUGGAAGAUUGUUGCGUCGACCAAGUUGUUCGAUGACCAGAAGAAGCUGGAUGAGCGCGUGGAGGAGGCUAUGGACAAGAUUAACGAGGGUAUCAAGCACUUUGAGGAACACCAGGAUGAGGCUGUCAAGUAUAUCAGCACGGAGCUGGAUUACUCGGAGGAAGAUGCCAGGGAGUGGCUGAAGACUGUCAAGUUCCCCAAGAAGGUGCAGGGCGUUGAUAAGGAGGUUAUUGACAAGACUGUGAAUAUCCUGAGGAAGGCGAGUGUGUUGAUGGAGGGCAGGGGCAUGAAGCCUGAGGAGAUGAUUGCCAAGACUAGGUAA